GUGGAAUCUGCAGCGAGGAAUCCUGGAGCGCAGAGAAGCCCGCAGCUUUGAAGGUCUUACCGCGGUGCGUGGCGGGCAGGAACCCACAAUUCCAGAUACAAACGGUCGGCGCGAGAAGCGUGUCUGGGCGCAGGCGCUUGGCUGUAGCAACUUGUCGCGGGAGGCUGGACUCUGGUGAAAAAUUAGACUUUCAAGAGUUAGAACUGAAUCCGAUGUUACAUAAUGGCAACAGGUGACUUAAAAAGAAGCUUACGGAACCUAGAACAGGUGCUCCGCUUGCUAAAUUAUCCUGAAGAGGUGGACUGUGUAGGUUUGAUAAAGGGAGAUCCAGCAGCAUCUUUGCCCAUCAUCAGCUAUUCUUUUACCUCAUACUCACCUUAUGUAACAGAACUUAUAAUGGAAUCCAAUGUAGAGCUCAUAGCAAAAAAUGACUUGCGCUUUAUAGAUGCUGUCUAUAAGCUCCUUCGUGAUCAAUUUAAUUAUAAACCAAUUUUGACAAAAAAGCAGUUUAUUCAAUGUGGGUUUGCAGAAUGGAAAAUCCAAAUUGUUUGUGAUAUUUUGAAUUGUGUGAUGAAAAAGCACAAGGAAUUAAGUAGUCUUCAGAAGAUUCCAUCACAGCAAAGAAAGAAAAUCAGUUCUGGCAAGUCAGAACCUUCUUUGAGCAAUGAGAAAAUAUCUGCAGAGGCUAUUGGCGUUGAUAUCAGUGGCAGGUUUAUGACUUCAGGAAAGAAGAAAGCUGUGGUGAUUCGUCACUUGUAUAAUGAAGAUAAUGUUGAAAUUUCUGAGGAUACAUUAAGUCCAAUAACAGAUGUUAAUGAAGCAGUUGAUGUAUCUGACUUAAAUGCUACUGAAAUAAAGAUGCCUGAAGUAAAGGUUCCUGAAAUCAAGGCUGAGCAACAGGGUAUAAAUGUUAAUCCUGAGAUUACUGCACUACAGACUAUGCUUGCUGAAUGCCAAGAAAAGCUUAAGGAACUGACUUUGAUAGAGAAAAGGUUAGACUGUUUGGAACAAAAAAUGAAAGGAAAUGUGAUGGUAGAUGAAAACACCUGGACUAAUCUGCUUAGUCGUGUCACUCUUCUUGAAACGGAAAUGCUUUUGUCUAAAAAGAAUGACGAAUAUGUAGAGUUUAAUGAAAUUAAUGAAGACUACGCUUCUUGUAGCAACAUGGACCUUCUGAAUCCUCACAGAAAAAACAAAGUAGAGAGGCCAGCAAGUAUUCCUCUGUCCUCUGGCUAUAGUACAGCAUCAUCAGAUUCGACUCCCAGAGCCUCUACCAUUAAUUACUGUGGUUUGAAUGAGAUUUCAGAGGUUUGAAGAAACUGCAGAGUUACUGAAAUGUCCAAAUCACUACUUGUAGGAUUUUCUACAUGAACUUUUCUAGGACUUCGGUUACUAUACAUAUUGUAUAUUUUAAGAAUUCUUUAUACAAUUUUAAUAUACUACAAUUUUUGACAAUUAGGAUUCCAUUUGGUAUAUGAAUUUUUGCAUUCAUUAUUGAAUAAAUCUUUUAAUAUUUUUGAGCAAUGAUUAUACUGCUUUACCUUGUGUCCCUUUUUUUUUUUUUUUUUGAGGAAAAACUCAUGUUCCAGUCAAUUUCUCUUACAGAGUGAAGUCAUUACAGCACUGUAUUUCUGUGUUGACAUUUGUUGGCAGUGUGCUAAGUAAUGUUUUUUAAAGCACAGGCUUGAGGACUAUGGUUUACAUCCUGUUGGAAACAUUCCAAAUGGGACUUGUGUAUUAUACCCAGGAGGCUUUCAUAUAUGCCAUCUUCGCAUCUGUACUGAUGAAUAAGUUAUAAUAAACAGUUAAAAAUACUCACUGAAAAUUAAAUAUAAAGACAGCUAUUUCAUGCUUGGUCAAAAACAGCAAUACCUUUCCAGUUAACAUUGAGAAAUGAAGGUUAAGAUUCCCCUUUUGUACUGGGAAACGGGCUUGAGGACUAUGGUCCUCAAGUUUAGACUAAGAGGACUGUGGUCUCAAGGUUCACUGUGAGAAAUGUGUUGAACAUUUUAGUGUGCUCUAUUGUGUGAUUUUUUUUUUUUUUUUUGAGAUGCAAUUUCGCUCUUGUUGCCCAGGCUGUAGUGCAAUAGUGUGAUCUCGGCUCACUGCAACCUCCGCCUCCCAGGUUCAAGCAAUUCUUGUGCCUCAGCCUCCCGAGUAGCUGGGAUUACAGGCAUGCACCACCAUGCCCAGCUAAUUUUG